CCAGCAUGCAGCUGGCACUCGAGCAACAAGGCUGCAGCUGGGCGCGGGGCACCCGGCCAGCCAAAAGAGGAGACACCGUGGGCACCUGUCUAUGAAACUUCUGGAAGGCCAAGCUUGACAGUCCACUCGACAUGGCCACCAACCAAGAAGUGGAGCGUAUCGGCAGAAAACUCGACAAGAUGGUUCACAAGAACAACACGGAUGGAGCGUUGGACCUCCUGAGGGAGUUGAAGAACAUGACAGUGUCUCUGGAAACUCUGCAGUCCACCAGAGUUGGAAUGUCGGUGAAUGCUGUGAGGAAACAAAGUUCAGACCAGGAAGUACAGAAUCUGGCCAAAGUGCUCAUCAAGUCCUGGAAGAAAUUAAUAGACGGCUCGAAGGAUAAGUCCGAGAAAAAGGAGAAGAAUGACGGCUCUCCUGUGAGGAUGACAUCCACCUCCAAGGACUCGUGCAGCAGUGAGAAAAGCAGCAACGCUAGAGCUGAGUCCCCCACUGACAUACCCUCCUUGGUCACGUCCUUCCCGGCCAUUCCCCUCACCACAGACAAUGUUCGGAAUAAAUGUCGAGAGCUGUUGGUGGUGGCACUGCAAACUGAUGAUGACUACAAGAACUUUGGAGUCGACUGCAGCCUCCUUGCGGCGCAAAUUGAAGAACAGAUCUUCGAAGAUUUCAAGGCGACAGACAUAAAGUACAAAGCGCGUCUGCGGAGUCGCAUCUCCAACCUGAAGGACCAGAAGAACCCAGACCUGCGGCGGAACGUCCUGUGUGGAAACAUCUCCACUCACCGCAUCGCCUCCAUGACUUCUGAGGAGAUGGCGAGCGCAGAGCUGAAGAAGAUCAGAGAGGCUCUGACCAAGGAGUCCAUUCGGGAGCAUCAGCUGUCCAAAGUGGGUGGGAGCGAGACUGACAUGUUUGUGUGCAGUAAGUGUCAGGGGAAGAACUGCACGUACACGCAGGUGCAAACUCGCAGUGCGGAUGAGCCAAUGACCACCUUCGUGUUGUGUAAUGGCUGUGGCAACCGAUGGAAGUUCUGCUGAGGAGAGCAUUUUAUUGUGCCGCCCUGAUGUAAAAGAAGCAGCUGAAUUUUGGUUUGAAGGGUAGCUUUGUUUUGGAACAUUUCUCCAAAAUAAAUGUAUGUACAAAAAUGUAUAUCUUAAGAUAGUAAUGAUGGAAUGUUUGGAGAAAAAACAAUUGCUAGUUUGUAUCGUCUCUUGGUAUUUUUUUUUUUUGUAUGGAGUAUGUGUUGUAUAUAAAAUGUUCUCCAGUUGUCGAGCAAUUUGGGCUUUGUGGACUCGCAAGAUGUGUUCUUGGUUUUUUUUCCACACAAUGUUGACGAAUGUUGUGCCCAAUAAAGUUGCUCCUGAAUUACUGCAA